AGAAUAACGUAUUGUGUAGUGGUUCUUCCAGCUAAAAUAAGCAUAUGAUAAAGGCAAUUAUUCUAUGGAAAAUUAAAACAGUAAUAUUCUGGUAUCUAUGUCGUACUAUGUUUAACUAUAUUUAAUCCCUUCGAAUAUUCAGAUUACUGUAUUUGAUACUUUUUUACUAUCUGAAAAUAAUUAUAGUGUAUAAAAGAAAGAGGGCAAGAUAUAUACAUAUAAAAUAGACAAAUAUAGCUUCAAAAGAUAGUUUCAGGCAGGGGAGUUUGGCUUACCGUGAACUGUUAUACGAGAGAUGUCACUGAGCCCAAAGUUGCAACAAUCUUCCUCCACAACAACACCUUUUUCCGUGACUGAUAUACUGAGCCCAUUGGAGGAACCGUACGGCAAUCAAGACAUCCGUAAUAGUAAUACCAACAAUACGGAAAACAUCUCAGAUAACUCCGGUCUUUAUACCGGCAGUCAAAAUCAAAUUUUGUCUAUAGAUCCCCAUCAGCAAGCGAGUUUACUGAACGUACAUCCUUACGAUAGUAAUACAACGACUGGUCACGGACAUUUCUCGACAAUGGAUCCAGGGUCGAUCGUCGCGGUUUCUGCCGCACUACACGUACCAAACGUAGGCGACCAGUCUGUAAUGGGGUCGAUGUCACCUCCUGGAGGAAACCCAAGCGCUUUGCAAUUGUAUGCAAGGCACCCCAUGUCAAUAGGCUCGACACAACACCAUCACCAUCAACAGCUUCAAGUGCCGUAUCAAUCCAUGAACUCGUCUGCUGCUGUCGGCAUGAAUGGGAGCUAUAAUUUACAUCCUAUGCCCCCAACUCAAUCAUCAUUUCACUCUAUGUCUGGUACGGCGUCAGCUGCAACAGGAUAUUGCAACGGGGCGAUGGGAGACCUCAGUCCUUACGGUAAUGUUCAGUCAGCAACUGCAAGUGGAUGGUAUCCGGCAACUAAUCCGGAUCCUCGCUUCGGAGGCAUGCAAAUGUCAAGAUAUUUGAGUCCAUCUCCAGGUAUGGGAAUGAACACAUAUGGUAUGAAUAUGAUGGGAACUGGAAUUGACGGAAUGCAUAAACCAAUUUUACCAUCAUCCCAAAGAAGAAAAAGAAGAGUUUUGUUUUCGCAAGCUCAGGUUUUCGAAUUGGAGCGACGUUUCAAGCAGCAAAAAUACUUGUCUGCCCCCGAAAGAGAACAUUUAGCACAAAUGAUUCGACUGACUCCAACACAAGUUAAAAUAUGGUUCCAAAAUCACCGAUACAAAAAUAAAAGAGCUUUGAAAGAAAAGGGAAGUGACAGUGGCGGACAGGCGUCGCAAGCAACACCAAACCAAACCAGUGAAAACACUUCACAAAACCAAAGUCAGCAUCAAACGCAUGCGAUUAUACAACAACAACAACAACAACAACAACAACAGUACUCUCCGGAUGUUACAACACAAGCUGGCAUAUCAGAAGGAACAGUGCAACACCAAACAAACGAAUCAACUCUUACUGAACAUGAUUCUCGUUCGCCAAGGCGCGUGACAGUACCUGAACUGAUAGCAGCAAAAGAGAACAAACAAUGCAAUGGUACAUCCGGGAGUACCCACAUAACGAACGACGUGGUGGACGGAGUGGAAUCUGGGAAUCUUAAUUCUACACAAGAAGUAAUGAACAACGACACAAACUCCGGAUACUCGUACACAAACGGUCAUGUCAAAUCCGAAGGCUGUACGAACAUCAGCGAUCAAUCUUUGUGCGUCGGAACACAUUUGAUUUCGCCAUCAAUUCAAGGUCAUUACGCAAGCCAGUCGGAUCAUCAAGACCUCAUCAGUGUAAAUGUGGCAUCACUCAAUUCAGAUAAUUUGUCAAGCAUGCCGUAUCAUCCUUUGCCAAAUGCACAUCAUUCUCUAACGGCUGGAAACAACUCAUUGCUGUACAGCAUUUACCGAUGAGAGAUAAUCAAAAUAAGGCUCCAACUGUGUCGACUUAGUCUGUUUACUCGAUAUGAAAUAUCUCUCAGCAUACAAAAACAUUGCAAAAAUGCCGGCAUACGUAUGUCAGAAUGACCAUCCCGGUGAUGCCCAGUAGCUGGCAUGAAACUGGCGAUUCUUGACAAUCAAAAAUCAGAAAAAUUAGGAUAAAGUUGAAUAAAUCACGAGUCAUAUUGACACAUUUAUCUUGCUACCCUCUACUCAAGCGCACUCCAAAACACGUCGUCAUACUGUGACUACAUGUAGUGUUUUCUUACCGAUUGUAGCUGCCUAUGUAACCAGCUGAUUUUGUAGUAAGAUCUGUGAGUCUGAUAACGCCAUUUUGGAUGGUCCUCAUGAGCUACACUCAAGCAGCCCACUGUAAACUAUUAUCAAGUAGUUGGUGAGCGAAUAGAUUUUGGUUUCACAAUAUGACACAAGGUUAUCGAUGACUAAGAUAAAUGGUGCAGUUUUUUUAAAAUGUUUGCCAUCGACUUUUUACGUGAGAAAUCUAGUUCUUGGCAAUCAAUCUCAUACUAGAAAUAUACCCAACUAUGGUACAGUGUAACAGAUGAACUGUUUACCAGAUGGAACAGUUCACAAUACGCACACAAACGAUUUUUACAGUCAUUUUUAUUAGAACCUUGUCUGAAUUCGUACCGUAAUACCGUACUAGAAUAAUAUUCCAUGACAUGAAAAAUGCCUUUUAUGCUAAAUAAUUUGUAUAAGUGUUGGUUAGAAAGGUAGAAUAGAUAGAGUGAAAAAAUUAUUAUUAACAUUUUUGACAAUCAAAUCUGUAUUUUUCUUUUCAAUGGGGAGAGUGAUACCCAUGACAAACAUGUAGAAUGUUUUUUGUCGUAGUCAACUUCUUGCCACAAACAAUUCAAAUGAUUUUUUUCUCUUUUUUUUUUUUAAAUUUGUUCCAUUGUGACUAUUCUUUGUUAUGAUAUUGCGUCGUGUAACUUUCAAUCGUCAAUUAUAAAAAUAUUUCAUCAAUUGUGUUCAUUUAGAAUAUUGGAGAAAUAUUAGCUUCGAGUUACAGAUUGUCUCGCUAUCAACUCAUACCCAAUCACUUACUCAUAAUGUAAUCAAAAAUAUGUCGGUAUUUCCGACCACAGGUGUUCAGUUUGUCCGGCGUUUCUUCCUUGUCGGGGGUGUGGAAGCAAAUUUCAUAUUUAAAUAAAUUUAUGCCUAGCUGAUGUAAAUAUGCGUGGUGGGAUAUAUUCCUUUUCGCACUCGACGGUCAACGUUGCCGUGUUUAAAGUCCAAUAGUAUUCAUUGAAAAUAAGUCUUGUUUUAGAGUAAUUACCGAAUCUGGCAAUAUUGUACAACAUUGGUAAUCAAAUACUCCAAUUCCACUAAAUUGUUUCAUUUCUGACGCCGUGAUGUUGAUGGCAAAGUUGUUUGUAUAUCUGAUAUGUCGGUCAAAUGGGCUCGUAUUUUAAUUUCUUGGUUUGCCUGUUCCACUGCAAACGUGUCGACAGGAUAUAGACUGUUUAAAUCGCGUUUCUAUAAUAAAAUAAAGUUUACAAUAAAAGA